UGUAUCGUCCGGUCCGCUUGCUGUCCGUGCUGAGAGGAAUGUUUGGUUACUAGUGACGAGCCGCGAUGGAAGUUCCUCCGUGUUCCCUUUAUACAUACAUGCGCGUGAUAGCACUAAGUCAUCAAGCUCACUUGAAGAAGUGUCCGUAUCCUUAAUAAGUCAGCGAAGACCAAAGUAGUACGACAGUCGGAUUGAAGAGGACAGAACAACUACCGAAACCCUCGUUCAUUGUGAGGUCCCGUGGGAACAGAAAGGGUCCCAUGUGAUGGUGUGAGAAUGGGAUAGGGUGGUGUUGGAAGUGACUGCAGCCCUGGAGGCUGAUGAACCUCUGUCGGCCUGUCAGGAUGCACCUAGCUUCGGUGGGCAUCAGCAAGUUCUGCUUCCUGUUUUCCCUUGCUUUCUGCGGCCUACUGCUCCUGCUCAUUCCUGCCCUCCAGCCCCCAACCCGCCAAGUGGACCAACCCCAACCUCGACCGCAUACCCAACCGGCACGGUUGGGCUCGCCCCAACGUGUCAGAGGAGUGUUUGUUCAUGCAGGGAAAACAGACUCUGCCACAGAGCUGAGUAGCUCAGCGGGGCGGACUGAAGGUACUAGGGAUGAUAUCCAUGGUAACAAGAGAGAGAUGGACUCCACAACAGGAACUACCCCUGGAGGAAAGGGGGGGCAAUUGUCAAGUUUUAGGUCACGGGACCCGUUAGACUUUAAGGACAUUUUUAUUGCAGUGAAGACUACCAGGAAGUACCACAAGUCCAGACUGGAGCUGCUGAUCCAGACCUGGGUUUCCCAAGCUAAAGAACAGACAUACAUUUUUACUGACGGCGAGGACAGCGAGCUGCAGAGGAGAACGGGAGUCAACCUCAUCAACACAAACUGCUCCGCGGCUCACACCCGCCAGGCUCUGUGCUGCAAGAUGUCAGUGGAGUACGAUAAAUUUAUCGAGUCUCAGAAGAAGUGGUUCUGCCACGUGGAUGAUGAUAACUACGUCAUCCUGCCCAGUCUGCGUGGGCUGCUCUCCUCCUACCACCACAGCCAAGAUGUCUACCUGGGCCGGCCCAGUCUGGAUCAUCCAAUAGAGGCUGCAGAGAGGGUCAAGAGUGACGGAUCGGUGUCUGUCAAGUUCUGGUUUGCCACAGGUGGAGCAGGUUUCUGUAUCAGCAGAGGCCUGGCGCUGAAAAUGAGCCCAUGGGCUAGUUUGGGAAAUUUCAUCAGCACUGCAGAGAAGAUCCGACUACCGGACGACUGCACCAUCGGCUACAUCAUUGAAGCGCUGCUGGAGGUGACCCUAACCCACACACACCUCUUCCACUCACACCUGGAGAACCUUCAGAAGCUGCCCACUGACACUGUGCUGGAGCAGGUCACCCUGAGCUUUGGAGGCUUUGAGAACAGAAGAAAUGUGGUCAGCAUUGUUGGAGGCUUUUCACUGGCUGAUGACCCCACAAGGUUUAAGACGGUGCAUUGCCUUCUCUACCCAGACACCAACUGGUGUCCAAAGCCCAAACACAGCCACAUAAACUGAAAGCCACAGUGCUGGAUACCCGCUAUCCCCACGAUCCCACUGCCACCUUUGGAUCAAGUAAUGUUUAGCUGGAAAGAUGGAACGUAAGACACUGCGUAUCUGUAUCCAAAGUAGCCUCAUGGCAUGCCUUAUGAAUGCAAUCUAAAUCUAAACAGCUGGGGCCAAAGAAUACUAGAACAUGAUUGUGACUACAGCCGUAGGCCACACGUGUUUACACAUGAGGGACUUUUUUUCCCAGCAUUUUUCCCAAAGUUUGGUAAACUACCUUCGCUCGGUCAUCGCUUAAGUGGUUCAGCCCGUAAAUACUAUUUGCCAAAUGGGAGUUAGCUGAAAGGCUGCUGUGGCUCAUACUGAUGCUGGAGAAUUAAAGUACUCAUUUAAUCUGUUCAAUGAAGGAAAUAUCACAUGACUCCAUCUACCGUGGUUGAACUCGAGUAAUCUCGGUUAGAGUAUGUGAGGUUUGAGUGUUUAAUGAAAUGCCCUCUAACCACUGACCCUUAUUGUAAGUUAUUGUAACAUGUACUUAUUUUAUUUUUGUUUACAUAUAACCCCAAAGUAUAUAUAAAAUACAGACAGUUUCUGUCGAAUGGGAGAUUGUUGAGGUACUUUUUUUGAAGUCUGAUUUAUUAUGUAGGGUUUAAUCUGAAUUCUUUGCUGUCAAACAUUGCCUGGACAGAUGUUUGAUAUGACGAAGGUUUCUAUGCUGGCUGUGCCCACUUUUUUUUUCCAACAGUUGUAGUUAUUAUUUUUUUUAUGUCAGCCAAAUACUGUCAUUGUAUUACCCAUUUGUAACGGGCCCAUCUUUAUGGUUUUGCACUACUAGUCACUUCCUGUAUGUUGAUGUAGUUACAUGUUCCAAUGUUGGGGUGAAUAUGUGAACCAUAUCAUGUGUUCUGUCUUUUCAUUGCUUGUUGUCUUAGCUCAGCAUAGCUUUCUUGAGAUCGAGAUCUUUUCCUUUUGUUGGAGUUAUUGGAGCCAAAGACAGUUCAUCCACAUUACCAUGACAUUUUCUUGUGGACAUUCACAGCCCUCAAAGAGGGAUGCCAUUUAUUUGGGUGACCUGUUUUAUUUAGUACAACCAUCAGGUCAAACUUCCUGUUGAUCAUACAGUGGACAAUGAAUCUCCGCGGUCUGGCAGCUAGUGUGUCUGCUAGCAUAGUCACUAAACAAGCAGAUUCUCACAAAUACUUGUAGAUGUUCGUUUCUGUACAGCCCUGUCUUCCAUUUACCUCCAUUACCUAGCGGUAGCUUUAGCAACGUGGCCACCGCUAGCCGCCUGACUGCUGCCUAAAGCAAGAAUCCCAGCUUUGAAUAGAAACCCUCUGCUAUGGUAAAGGCAGUGUAAAAAAAUCUGCUUGUCCAUUAUGUUCCUCUGGUAACGACGGUCCGAAAGCCCAACGUCCCUUGUGGCAGACGGAUAAUGCAUAUAAACAGAUGGGCUCUUGGUUGGCUACAAGCAAAAUAUAUGUUCACCCACUUAAAAUGAUUGUUUAUGCAGAGCAUGAAAAUGUCACAUUGAAUUUUUGUCUUUUAAAACUAUCACCACUCACUAGCCUUAGUCCAGGUGAAGAAGCUCAUUUUAGCACGUCAACACUAAAUGCUGAAUAUUUCUAACAUACUUGCUAUAUACGUCCUAGUUAGCGGUUUGUGGAAGAGGUGCAAUGAUCUGCUUACACUUCAAAUUAAUAGAUGCUCAUAAUACAAAAUAAAACAAAGUCCUUGUAGAUAACAUUUUCCAAAAUAUCUCUUCCCUCUUUGACUUGUUUUGACAGUUGGCUGAAGUAUAAUGAAUUAAACUAGUUCUUUGACUACACCAACUCUGUUAACUAGAAAGAAUCCGUAUCGAAUGCUGCUGUGACUUUAUGAAGGUUUGGUUGCUGCCACAGAAAGCCAAUGGAUUUUGGAUUAUUGCAGAAAUAAGCUGUGGGGCAAAUUGGCUUUCAAACGCUUAGCUUUCUGCUCAUCAAAGUUAUGUUAACAAAUGAACGUAUCUACUGUUUUCUUAUUUAGAGACAACCACCUUUUGUAAGUCAUGUAAAGGUUUCUGAACUCACAAGGAGUAUUUACUUGUUUAAUGUCCAACCAACACAUUAUUUUGGGCAUCUAAGCAGAAAUCUAUUAAAACAACUGCAGCGAACCUGCAGAAGAUGCUGACUCAUUUGUGGGUUUUAGGACUAAUUUCUGCCUGGAAAAAAACAUGUGUGCGAAACAUUUGUCCACCUUUUUAGCACACAUGACUGAUCAAAAAUCAGAGCAUUGUGUUCCACUGCAGGCCAGUGGGUGAGACUGAGUGAAAGUUCUUUGCAAAUGCUUUACCACUGAUGUAUUAUUGUGUUUAUGUAACAAUAAAACCUUUUUGCAUUGUUA